UGUUUCCCCCAGUGUGCUGUUUGACGCUCUGUGUGGUUAUCUCUGUCUCCACCCAGAUGUGCACCUCCUUCCCAACACUGCUCUUAAAAGCAUGGUCUUCCUAAUGGCUGUAUGCACUGGUUCCACACAGACCCAUACAAAAAAGGAACAACAACAAGGUUUGCGACUGCUGUCAGUGGGUCUGUCCAAAUGUUCAAGUACAUCCUCGUGGCUUCUUGGCCAUCCCAAGGUAUUCCAGUGGUGUUUUCUCAAUCCAAAGAUCUCCAAUAUGCAGGGAAAACAUGUAUUGAAGCAGUGGCUGAGUAUCAUUCCUGCCCAGAUGUCUCUCUCCCCAUUGGACAUGAGUCAAGAACCAGGUUGGGCAGAACUGUUUACACUGGUCAAAGAAAAUACUAAAUGUUUACAAGCUGCAUUGGACAUCCUGACUGAUGGGGAUGAGGAAAGUGUUUCCAAAGUAACCCUUCUGUUAGGAAGAGUAUUUGAAAAGGAUGGCAAACAAUCACCAAACCCCAAAACUGUCAGCAAAUUGAAACAAAUGUUGUCUGAUGUAGUUCACAGAAUUUUCCUUGCUAAGUCUGUAAAAAAAGCAAAACACAACCUUACAGCAAUGUUGGAAAUUCUGCUGAUUAUGCAGGAUCAGUUCGUCACUGGCAUUAAUGCAACAGACCUCAAGUUGGUGAACCAAGUCUGCAGUCUACUAGGGAAUGAGAACGAAAAGAUUCCAAAACAGUUGGUUUUUAUGUUUGAAGAAUUCCUUUCCAAUUUAUUACUACAAGCAGGGAAAAGUCAGGACAACAGAGUUGCCACCAUUAUAUUGACAGACAAAAGUUUCCUUUAUAUUCUCCAACACCUUGUUUUGUCAAAUGAGGACAUAGUCUCCACCAAAGCACUGCAGCUACUGGCAUUACUUGUACUCCAGCAGGCAGAUUUUAGUAUUCCCCAUCUUGCUAAAAAUCAGGUUCAACUGCAAUUGGAAUGGCUUCUAGAAAGAACUAAGUCCAAAGUAUAUCUCCAGCAGAUCAGUGUUCUACAGUUCUGGGCAGUCUACUUCUCCACUCAGUUUACUUCAUCGUGUGCUAUAGUGGAGAUACUGGAUGACACAGAUCACACAGAUCUUGUGGGUCGAGACGAUACACAAUUAAACGUGAAGACCCAGUAUUUGAGGAAGUUACUUAUUUACAUUCAGCAGGCUGUUUUUAAGGAAAAUAGGCAUUUGCAGUGCAUUGCUGUUAUUUGUCUUCACAACUUGCUGACACGAUACUUGAAGCCACAGGUAUUGAAAACAGGCCACAGUCUGGUAGAACAGCCAUGGAAUAGAUUCAUGCUGACCACACUGCUAGAAACCUUUGAAGCAAGAAAGACUCCAACCUGUGUGUUAGCAAUUGUUAACUUGCUGGUCAGCCGUGUUGGUGGAGAGUUAGUCAAAGUAAAACAGCUUGAAAACAUAGUGACAGCAUUUUUGAAAGGAGACUUGAAGCAGGACAGUUGGUGGAAUGAUGUUGUUGUUUUUCUUCACUAUGUGUGUCAUAAUCAUAUAUUAAAUUCCAACCUGGAGAAGAAAGUUAUCAACAAGCUUGAAGAGAAUCACCAAUAUACUGAUCAAUGCAGACAAAGUGAUGAUACCAAGAAAAUAUCAAAGAUGUAUGCAAUAUUUGACAGAUCUAUAAAUGCCUAA